CCGUGUCAAAUCAUCUUUCUCUCUUUCUUGUUCUUUUUUUUCAUCAUGAAUUGCUUGGUUUUUUUACUGGUAUUAUUCUUUAUUCCAUUUUCAAUAGAACAACAAGUUGUGCUCGAUACAAACAUCAAUUAUGGAUGGUUAACACCGUUUACAUAUGAAUGGGUUACUGUCCUGGAUAAACUACACAAUACGUUUGGUAAUCAAUCAAGAACAGAGCAAUGUCUACACAAGAUACCUAAGUUUGAGUGUGAACGUUUCGUUUGGCAUGACUCCAUCAUUCAUCGAGAUGCAUAUCAUUUACGACCAAACGAUAUCAAAUCUGUCAUUGCUCUUGGUGAUAGUAUUACUGCAGGGUUUGGCAUGAUGUCAGGAAGACCUCCAUUCUCGACUAUAUUAGAAUAUAGAGGCAAAUCAUUCUCUGUCGGUGGUGAUCCAGGAGAAUAUACUUUACCCAAUUUUUUAUCAACCUAUGCUGAUGAACUCAAAGGUUCGCCUGAAGGGAUCACUCUACCACUAUCAAGAGGCAAAGACCUUAACAAUGCAGUAACAGGCGCCAAAUGUCAGGAUUUGGAUCAACAAGUAGAUAGAUUGAUUCGAGUAUUAAAAAAAAAGGAAUACAAUGACAUACGUGACGAAUGGAAAUUAAUCACAAUCUUUAUUGGUGCCAAUAACAUUUGUCUCUUAUGCACACCACCUAUGACCACUUUACCUGAUCUGUCAGCCGUAGAUGUAUUCGAAAGAAAUUUGAGAUCAGUCUUGGAGCGCAUCAGACUAGAUGUUGGUAAAUCAUUUGUUAACCUUGUUGGUCUAUUUAAUGUAUCGGGUGUCUAUGAAGCUACUCGAGGUGAUCCUUAUUGUGAGCUCAUUUGGGAUCCUGCUCAUAUGGUCAUCUGUUCCUGUGUACAGCAAGAUACUAAACAACGCCUAGCGGCUGAUAGAUUAAUUGAUGAAUAUAACAAAAGAUUACAGAAACUAGAAGGAGAGUACAAAGACAAAGACAAGCAAAGGUUUGGUAUUAGUUAUCAACCUGGAUUCACUCAAUUCGAAGUGGGUAAAUACAAACAAUCUUAUUUCAGUGGAGUUGACUGCUUUCAUCCAAAUAAGUGCGCUAACCAGGUGAUGGCUAUACUUUUAUGGAAUAACAUGUUUUCUAAUCCACAAGAAAAGAACCAGAUUUAUGACCUUGAAUCACUCGAGAUUGUCUGUCCAAGCCCUACACGUCCUUAUAUUCAAUAAAAAAGUGCAUUUGCACGAUGUUACACGAAUUAGAA